AUGUGGCUCGACCGUCUCGCAGCAACCCAAGCCAGCGCGUCCGGCCCUUCGACUCCCCAGAUCACCAGCCGACACAACUCGCCGCUCCCACGAAGGACGUCGAGCACUCUCAGCCCUUACAUCACAUCACAGAGGCAAGGGCCUUCCCCGCGCGGCUCGUCUCUCUCCUUGGUGUCAAGCGGCUCUACGACAUCGCUGCUGGCGUCGUCCCGCAAGCCCAAUGGCUCAGAUGCGAGACAGCAGUCCGUGCAGGCUCCGGACUCGGUGGGCGUCUUGGAGAAGCUGUUGGCGGCAGAUUCCGAGGUCGUGGGCAAGGCUCAAAACAGAACAAGCUCGAUUACUCCGGAGGACCUGACAUUUGACGUUGAUUUCGGUGGACUGUCUCUAAAGGAGCUGGCCGCCGGGAGCUUCGACCAAGAUGCCACAAGCUUGCGCCGGCCGCAGAGUGCGAGCGAAUACGAAGAGGACAAGGCCCGGUUUGACGCCUUGCACCGGUCCAUUGUUGCGUGCGACGACAUCCUGAACUCGGUCGAGAUGAAUCUCGCCGAUUUUCGCAAUGACCUUUCCACCGUAUCGGCUGACAUUGAAACACUGCAAACACGCUCUAGUGCAUUGAGUAGAAGGUUGGAGAACCGCAAACGGAUCGAAAAGGCGCUUGGCCCUUUGGUGGAAGAACUGAGCGUGUCACCCGAUACCAUUUCUAGGAUAACAACGGGCCAUAUCGACGACCUGUGGGCCAAAACGUUGAAUGAGAUGGAUAAAAGAGCCUCGGCCAUUAAGAAGCUAUCUGGGACACAACAGGGCAAAGCCAGCGAGGAGCUUGGCCCUAUCCUAGAGAAGCUCAUCUUAAAGGCUGUAGAGCGCAUUCGAGACUUCCUCGUCGCCCAGAUCAAGGCUCUUCGGUCGCCUCACAUCAAUGCCCAGAUAAUCCAGCAGCAGAACUUCCUCAAGUUCAAGGACCUCUAUACGUUUCUGCAUAGGCAUCAUGCCGCCCUUGCGGAAGAAAUCUCACAAGCGUACAUGAAUACGAUGCGAUGGUACUAUCUAAAUCAAUUCACACGAUACGAAAGGGCCUUGGCCAAGCUCAAGCUUCAUAUUCUGGAUAAAAAUGACGUCUUGGGGCAGGAGGAUGCAACAAGGAAAACUGCUGUCCUGUCGAGCAGUCGUGUUGCUGGCCCGCCACACGAUGCAUUCAAUCUCGGGCGCCGGAUUGACAUGCUACGAACAAAGAGCAUCUCUGCCAUCUCAUCAUACCUGGCGGAGGAGGAUCAAUCAACUCACUACCUGGAAGUCCCCUUCCGAAACUUCAACCUGGCUCUCAUCGACAAUGCCACGGCCGAAUAUACCUUCUUGGCGGCUUUCUUCGCGCCCGCCUUGUCUUAUUCACAGAUAUCCAAAAACUUCAACUACAUAUUUGAACCAACUUUUGAGGUUGGCAGGGUGCUUUCGAAAGCGCUCGUCAGCGAGAGCUUCGAUGCCCUGGGACUUCUUCUCUGCAUCCGACUCAACCAGCACUUUGCCUUUGACCUUCAGAGGCGAAAAGUACCGGCCGUGGACGGCUACAUCAACGGCACCAACAUGUUGCUCUGGCCGCGAUUGCAGGUCAUCAUGGACCGCCAUUGCGAAUCCGUCCGGCUGUUGACCAAUGCUGCUCCCGCGAAACUGGCCAAGGCCGAUCAGAUGAAGAUGUCGGCCGCGCCGCACAUGAUCACGCAGCGGUUUGGGCAGCUGCUCCACGGCUUUCUGGCUCUGUCCACGGAGGCCGGCGACGAUGAGCCCGUCGUCGCUAGUGUACGCCGUUUGCGCUCCGAGGUCGAAGCCUUCUUGGCUCGACAGGCGCAGUCGCAUGGCGAUACGAGGAAAAGCGAGCGGUUCCUAUAUAACAAUUAUUCUCUGAUUCUCACCAUCAUCGGCGAUGAAGCGGGGAAGCUGGCACAGGAACAGCAAGAACAUUUUGAAGAGCUGAAACAGACAUAUCAGGGUGAAUCAUAG